AUGCACGAGAACCGCCGCCUUUCCGCGCCACCCGGCGCCCGCCAUGAUUUGCUGUCUUCUAGUACUGGUGCAUUGUCAUCCACGGUUACUUUCUCGUACGUUGCAGCGAGAACAGCGCACGGUAGUCAGGAUGACCGACCAUCAAAGGAUGCGGCACCCACAACAGUAGCGGUGCCGUUAAUGGUGGGCUCCAGGAUGAUGGACGCUGCCGUUUCGCCUUCCGACCAGCGGUGCUGGUCGCCCUCAGUCUUCGACGCCACAUCGUUUUCAUUUUGCUCUGCGUCACCGCGCCCCUUGUUGGCGGCGCAGGUAGCUGCUUCCAUCGAAGUCCCUAGCCACCCAGGCGCCGAAGAAGAGCUUCAGACCCUUAAGCCCCGCGUUGACGCGACCUCUCCUUCCAUUUCAAUUAUCGACACAGGCUGCGAUACCGGCGCGGAGGACAUGUUGUCGCCUUCCGUAAGUGUUGGUGAACACAGCUUUGAAGCUGGUCGUUCGGCGCUCAAGCGAAGCAAGUCGGAGGCCUCGUUUACUGGGGUGGCCUCGACGGCGCCGGGGUUCAAAGCUGGCGCACCUGCUUCCAUGUCGUCUGCAAACCACAGUGCGCUGAGUGGCUGGAGUCACCUGCACAUCCCGAGUACUCGGCUUGGAAAGGUGAGCGAUGUGGGGUGGACGGCCCCCGUCUCCAAUGCCAGGGACCGCCCCCUCCCUGCCAAUGGGUUGCAAAGUGGUCCGGCCAGCUGGAUCGCUGCCUGCGCCAGCCACCGCGCUAGCAGCAACGCAAACGAGGAGGGCUGUUUCGAGGGCACAAAGACAGUGGCCGGUGCCCUCGGUGACGUGGCACCUUUUGUGCUUCAUGCGCGCAGUGCCGACCACAUCCACAGCUCGUUGCCACCGCAGUCUAGCAGGGGCACGUCGCGGCCGCUGAUUCGCUUGCCAUCGAAAAUGCGUUCUGGUUCCCACGUCCCAAGUCAGCAUCACUACACCUCUGGCUCUUCCUUCAGCAUGCGGCAGCCGUCGUCGUACAGGCGUGGUGCGAUCGCGACGCGACCCAAGCGGUGGACUUGCCGGGUGCCCGUCUCUGUGGCCGUUGUGAUGAGUACAGUCAUUUCUGUCAUUCUCGUUGCUGUCCUCACCGUGGUGCCUUUCAACACCGCCUCUGUCCAGUCGGCUGAGUACGUGAUGUCGACGCUCAGCCUCUCCCUGGCCUCUUCCUACACGCGGGCAAUAGAGGCGAGCAUGCUAUUUUUGCCGAACGCGAUUCGCACCUACUCGUUUGCAUACAUGAGUUCGUCGGACGCGCAGUCAUGGAACUGGACUGCCGCCGACAUGCCGCAAGCGAUGCGGCAGAUGUGUCGCACAGUCGCCGGAACCAAGCGCAACCCGACCUCCUUCUUACUCUACAUGUCGUUGAGCAGCCCCUACACGGGGUACAGCGCGUACUGCUCCCAGCAGUACGACGACUACCUGAUCGGCAACUACAUAGUAGACAAUUCGUCUCAGCCGCGCUACUUGGUGAACGGUACUACGUACAACUACGCUGAGCCCCUCACCGCGUACCCAGCCGUGCAAUCAAUGACGCCCUGGGAAUACAUGGUUGAUUUUGGAGGGCUGGAGAACACGUGGCAUAAGGUCGUCGUGCCGUGGUACGCGGAGUACCAGACGGCCUAUCAGGCAGGAUCCGCUGUAGAGUCUGCUGCGGCCUACGAGGCUGCUCCUGACCGUGAUGGCCCCUUCUUCCCAGCACCAAAGCCCACUCUUGGUGGCAUUCUCAUGUACCCAAACGGGUACUGGCGCAUCUUCACCACCAACAACGUAAGCGUCAUAACGUACACGUAUCCGUUCGUCGACUACGCCGGGAAUCCCGCCUCCAUCAUGGGUGCCCUACAGGCAGACGGCUUCAACGCCCUGCACCCGAGCGGGCUCAUUGCCACAAGCAGCACUGCUCGCGUCAUGGUAGUCGACACGUUAAGCGGUCUUGUCUUUAUUACAUCCUGGGGACAGAGUACGACGGUGCGGCUGGAUAACUGGAAAACGCCGUCCAACUGUAUGCCUGACGACGGCGGCGGCAGGAGGGCUGUGUAUCUGGAGGACAUCGCAGAUCCACUCAUGAUCGCUGCUGUGAGGAGCACUGGAGGUCGGCAAGGCAUCGACGACAUCUCGUCAGAGAUGGAUCGGUGGAUGGGUCAGUUCACUGUGAACGGCACUGAAAACCUUGUAGUGGUCAGUCGCGUCGCCCUCUCCUCUAAUUACUCCAACAUGAACCUCGUCGUCAUGUACGUGGUGUGCAAGGGCGAGUAUGUCUACUACAUUAAUCAAGUGCAACGCACCGCCAUCAUCUCCGUUGUGUUGGUGCUGGCUGUUAUCGUACUGCUCGAGAUCGCUCUCCUGUACUUGCUCGUACAACCGGUACGCGGGGUGGCAGCCGGACUCCGUGCGGCGGCGGAGCUGCGCGACGGCAGCGAGUGCAUAGACAACGUCACUUCUAUGAUCAAAGAGGUGGCAGAAAUGCAGCACGACUUCUGUAUUAUGAACUCAAAGUUAAUGCAGAUGAAGAAGUUUCUCCCGCAGGGUAUGCUCGGGCGCCAGACCGUCUACUCAAACACAAACGACACCAGUGAUACCGACUUGUCUGCUCUCCCCACCUCGGCGCCACACGAGCAGGAAGGUGGCGGCAUGUGGGAAAGUGUUGACGGCUGCGAUGGAUAUGCUGAACCAGAAGACGGGCUUGACGACGACGGCAACAGCGACGUUGGUGCGGCCCAACGCGGCUGCAAGAACAACGAGGACAAACUGGGAGGCAUGAUGAGCGUAAAUAAGACAGGCCAGCAGCGACGGCGGUGGGGCUGCGACCAGCCGGUAACGACGAUGACAAAUUUAGUUCUGAAUGAUCGCGUGCUCCUCGAGGAGGUGAAUCGCUUUCGUCGGCGCUACUGCAGCACCAUCGUUUUCUGCAUGCACUUGAUGGAGUCUGAGAUGAGCGUAAAGUUCUUGAACACGAACUGCAUCUACUUCACAGAGGGUGUGCUUCCAUGCGUUUUGCGCUACGGCGGCGUAGUGGAGCUGCAGAGGCCGGACUACAUCGUUGUCAGCUUCAGCGCACACAACAAGGUUGCACUGCAUCAGAACCGAGCCGCCAUGUGCGCGCUGGAGGUGAUGCAUGUGCUGAACACCAUCACCCCCAUCGGCCCACGUGUGGGGUGUAUGAUCGACGCAAGCGAGUACUACGUCGGCACCUGCGGCGCGGCGGACCGUAACGCGCUUGUCACCUUCAGCCACAGUCUAGUGGCGAAGGACGACCUCAUUCGUGUUCUCAAGUCUGUGCAGACGCAGAUCAUUCUCACGCAGCGACUCGCUUCCACACUGGAAAGCUCGAUGCUCGUCAUGCCGGUAGAUUGCAUGGUGCUGAACCCGAUUGGUAAGAAGGAGCUCAUCCUGUACGAGCUGCGAGGGCACGUCCGCAUGCUGCCGCCGAAGGUGUCUGUAGUGAUGGUGCGCCAGGUCAUCCGCGCCGUACGCAUGGGCUUCACUCAUAUGCUCAAGGGCGACUAUGUGAGGGGACUUGAGAUGCUGGAGCCCUACGAGACAAUGGAGUUGCAGGCGGCCCGUCUUGGCUUCAUGUGCAGAGCCUUUGUUGCUCACCACAUCCACCGCCCCUUUGUGCGGUCCAUCACACGCCUCACCUUUUCUGAGGCAAACUUUGCAGGCUAUAACGAGAGCUGCUUCCCAAAGUUGGGCGAGCCGCCCGCGAGCGGCACCUCCCUCGGCGCUCGCAGAAGCCAAAGUGUCACUGACGGUUCCAUGGAGGUCGCGAAUCCACUCACCACCUGCGGUGGGGCCGGCGGCAACACCGCAUUGUUUGCGUUUUCGCCCUUCAGCAAAGACCUCGAUCCAACGACGCUUCUGACAACGCCGCCGACGCCGCGCUGGGUUUUAGGGGCUGCCUUGAGCCCUUUCUCGUUGAACAAGGAAGACUUACCGAAAACUAAUGAGAGGGGCGUGGCAGACAAUGCCGCGUCGGUCGCCACACGCGCCAACGGAGGCUGCACGACAGAGUGCAAGAGCAGCGGUACCGCUAAGGUGGAGUCUGUCCAGAUUGAGCUGGAGGGAGGGGCUGCGAGCUGCGCUAGCGUGGAUAAAGGUGAGACGGCGCUCUUCGAGAUAUUCGUGGAGGAUCAGCCCGACGACGAUAUGGCUGACGGAGAGAUCAGUGUUGGCAGAACCGGCUACUACAGUCCUUGUGACAGGUCCACGAUCAGUGACUGCGGGGCUGGGGCGCUGCAGACGGAGAAUCGGACCUCAGCCGCAAUGGGCAUAAACGGCACGACGCGCUGCCACCACAAAUGCGGGCUGCCUCUCUUCUUCAGCGACUACGAGGGCAAUGCAUGGCGCCGCUCCUACGAUGUGCUGGGCACUGGCGCCUUCUCCACCGUGUACCGCGGCUUAUCCAUGACAGGCAACCUUGUCGCGCUCAAAUGCUUUCGACUUGGCGCCAGAAACAUCGAAGUUAACGCCAUCGUCGAUGAGGUGCGGCUUUUUGCAAACCUACAUCACGAGAACGUUGUGCAGUACCUCAGCUUGUAUGUGUCGGAGGCGUACGUGAUCGAGAUUAUGGAGUUUGUGCCGGGCGGCUCCCUUCAUACACUGCUGAAAAGCUUUGGCUCUCUUCAGCCAGAGUCAGUGCGACGCUACCUACGAGAUAUCGCGCGUGGUUUGAGCUAUCUGCACGCAGCGAACAUCGUGCACUGCGACAUCAAGCCACACAACGUCCUUCUCGCCAUGGACGGACAGUGCAAGCUGAGCGACUUUGGGUCCGCCAUUGCCCGGGCGACCUCCUCCAUAGGCAAGAUUGACGACGUCAUUGAGAUGCGCGGUGCACCCGGCUACAUGGCGCCAGAGGUGGCACGCGGCGAUGUGUCGACGAUGAAGAGCGACGUGUACUCGCUAGGAAUCACCAUUUUAGAGCUUCUCACCGGAAAGCUGCCUUGGGACUAUGCCGAUGCUUUCGCUCCGAGACUGUCCGGAAAACUGACGCAACGCAAGAACGCCGCCGAGCACGUGUUGCAGCUGCGGACGUGCCUCGAGUUUCCUCCUGGUGGCACAUCGGUCAUGGACGGAGUUGCCGCACAAGCGGGGGCGAGUUUGUCAAGAGAGGAGUUAAACACGGGCUUUGGUGACACUCAGGCUCCUUUGGGUGGGCCCAUGACGGAUAGCCGCUCCUCUGCUGUGACGAUGCCGUCAAACUCAAGCCGCACAGGCCCGGCCGCUUCCAUAGGCACGACGGUGCACAGCCUUGGCAGUGGUCUGCUCUCCACAAAAAAUAACAACGGCGUGGGGGUGCUCGGCUUUGGUUGCUCGGUGUUUAGCACUAACAACACCGACCCCGCUGGAGGGAGCCCUUACCCGCCCCCAGAAGCACUGACAUGCACACCAGGGGAGGGAGGCUCUGAGGCUGUCACCUUCAUGAGGGCCACCACCGCGUCGGUUCCCUCUUGUUUCCACCCCAGCAGCGCGAAUUGCGCGUCUCUCGCGAAUUUUGCCGUUGUGGAGGAUGCAGCAGCUGAAACACUCAAUGAGGGCAGUAUUGCUAUGCUUCUCUCUGAUGCCCAGCUACGUCCCCUUGAGGUCAACCAGAGCCGAAUGCAGCGUCAAGGCAUCGCGGUCCUGCCGUCCUCUACCCCUUGGCGCGCCUCCGAUAUGAUGUUGUCUUCGCCCUCCCAGAACCCGUGCUCCGCCAUGUCUCUGCAACACCGACCCAUUGAACAGGUUCUUCAAAGUUCCGCCCAGCUUAUUGUGUACAUUGGCCGCGGGGUAGUGGUGCCGCACAUCCCCGAUACGCUGGAUGAGGACGUGAUAGAUUUCCUGGAGCUGUGUCUAAAGCCUGACCCAGCGGAGCGUUCCUCCGUGUCGGAGCUAAUGCUUCACCCAUGGCUGAUGUAA